AUGAUUUCUAAGUUCAUCAAUACUGCUGAAGCAAAAUUCCAAAGCCAUGAAACAUCGAUUAAGAACUUAGAAGUUCAAGUGGGGCAGAUUGUAAGCAUGCUGUUGGAAAGAAAAGAGGGACAGCUACCCAGCAACAUAAAGAAGAAUCCUAGAGAGCAUGUGAAUGCCAUAGCCUUAAGAAGUGGGAAGACAGUCGGCGAAGCCCAAGAAGAUGACAAGGAAGCUGAAUCGGCCGAUCUACAAAAGGAGAAUGAGGGAAGCACCCCUAAACUGAAUUUAGAUGAAAUUAAACUCCCUAUUCCCUACCCAAGAAGAGUCUUGAAGGCUAAAUUAGAUAAUCAAUUUGAAAAAUUUUUGGAAGUGUUUAAAAAGAUCCAUAUUAACCUUCAUUUUCUUGAUGUAUUGUCACAGAUGCCGAAGUAUGCCAAAUUCCUAAAGGAGAUGAUGUCCAACAAAAGGAAGUGGGAGGAUUGCGAGAUGGUAAAGCUAAAUGAAGAGUGUUCAGCCAUUCUUCAAAAUAAACUGCCUCCAAAACUUAAGGAUCCAGGGAGUUUCUCUAUACCUUGCACCAUAGGGAAUGCUGAAUUUGAGAAAGGCUUGGAUUGCAUGAACUAA